AAGACUGCCUGCCUGCAGAUCAGAUUCCAGUUGCCAAGUCUCGCGAUCACUUUCCUAAACAGUUGAUUAUAAUGUCAGCAGUUCAAUUUGGAAGCUUUAUAGAAGCAGCUGAACACUGCAGUUUCCUGAAGUAUUAAAGAGCACUGCAUGCUCUUUCUCUCUCCCUCUCCCCCUCUCUCCGUUGGCUUCUCUAUAACCGAAUUGGGAAUUGAUGAUGCAUACCAAUGGGAUGUGGAGCCAUACAAAAAUUAUAAUGUGCUUUCUUCUGUUCUGUAUGUUUGUCAAGAAGGUGUUCCCUGCUGGAGAUGACACCAUCAUUGCUACUAAGAAUGGAAUGGUCAAAGGUAUUCAUUUACCUGUGCUUGGUGGAACAGUAACUGCGUUUCUUGGGAUUCCUUUUGCUACACCACCUGUUGGUAGAUUACGUUUCAAAAAGCCAGAACCUCAAAAAGAAUGGGAAGGAACUUGGAGUGCCACCAAAUAUGCCAACUCUUGCUUUCAACUCCUAGAUAAUACUUUCCCUGGCUUUGAAGGGUCAGAGAUGUGGAAUCCAAACACAAAACUUAGUGAAGACUGUCUUUAUCUCAAUAUAUGGGUUCCUUCUCCCAAGCCUAAAAAUGCAUCAGUCAUGGUAUGGAUUUAUGGAGGUGGCUUCUACAGUGGGACAUCUUCACUCUCUGUUUAUGAUGGCAAAUUUCUAGCUCGUGUGGAAAGAGUCAUUGUUGUAUCAAUGAAUUAUAGAUUAGGGCCUUUUGGAUUCUUGGCUUUGCCAGGAAAUGAAGAUGCCCCAGGAAAUGUAGGUUUGUUUGAUCAAAGGCUCGCACUUCAAUGGAUCCAUGACAACAUAGGAGCCUUUGGAGGUAAUUCUAAAAGUGUGACCUUGUUUGGAGAAAGUGCUGGAGCAGGGUCUGUUAGUUUUCAUCUUCUUUCUCCUCAAAGCUAUCCUCUCUUCACUAGGGCGAUCAUGCAAAGUGGAUCUGGGAAUGCUCCUUGGGGUGCAAUUCUAUCAUCUGAAGCAAGAAAAAGAACUCUAGAUCUAGCUGAACUCCUCCACUGUACCGGCAAAAAUGAAACCGAGAUUAUAUUCUGUCUUCAAAACAAGGAACCCCAAGAGCUAUUGGAGAAAGGAGGAGCUGCUUUUACAUACACCGGUCUUAUAAGUUUGCAGUUUUGUCCCAUAGUUGAUGGUGACUUUCUUGCUGAUAUGCCAGAAAUAUUGCUGAAAAAUGGACACUUUAAACAAACACAGAUCUUGUUAGGAGUAAACAAAGAUGAAGGUACUACUUUUCUUGUGUACGGUGCUCCUGGCUUCAGCAAAGAUAAUGACAGUGUUAUUAAUGAAACAGAAUUCCAGGCAGGUUUGAAAGUUGUUUUUCCAAAAUUAAAUGAAAUGGGAUUGGAAUCUAUUGCUUUCCACUACACAGACUGGGAAGAUGAGAAGAAUAUUUUCAAUUAUCGUGAUGCCAUGGAUGAUAUUGUUGGGGAUUAUUAUUUCGCAUGCCCUGCAGUAGAGUUCAUAAAACAGUUUGCCUUGGCAGGGAACAAUGCUUUUUUUUACUUCUUCGAGCACAGAUCUUCAAAACUUGCUUGGCCAGAAUGGAUGGGAGUUCCACAUGGUUAUGAAAUUGAGUUUGUAUUUGGAUUACCUCUAGAGCGAAGAGUUAAUUACACUAAAGCAGAGGAAGCACUGAGCAGAUCUAUACUGAAGUACUGGGCAAAUUUUGCAAAAACUGGAACACCCAAUGGAAAUCAGAUUAAUGGGACAAGAUGGCCAGUCUUCACAACCACUGAACAAAACUACUUAGCAUUAAGCAUAAAUGCUGCAAAGAUUCAAACAAAAUUGCGGGCUCAGAUGUGCCGAUUCUGGAACAUUCUUUUUCCUAAAUUCCUGGAGAUGGCAGAAAAUAUUGAUGAAGCAGAACAAGAGUGGAAAGCAGGAUUCCUUCGCUGGAACAAUUACAUGAUGGACUGGAAAAAUCAAUUUAAUGAUUACACUAGUAAGAGGGAAAGCUGCACAGGUCUCUAAUUAAAAGUUUCAGCCUUUCUGGAAUGCUUGUACUGUCAAAGAUCAAGGCAAACAUGGAGAUAGUUAAUGUAGCAUAUCUAGCAAUAAGGCAUAUUAGGCAGGCUCAGUGACCCAUUACAAAUAUACCAUUCUUCCAGGCCCAUUUCUAUUUAUAUCAAUAUCUGUUACGAAAGCACUUCCACCUUUUGAAGCAUCAGGAAAUGUAAAAUAGACUUAAAGCAAUUAAAGCCAGAGGAUGAUUGAUGUUGAUAUAAUGGCCCCUGUCCAAUAGUAAAUUUUAUACUCUUUAUUAAAAAAAAAUCAAACAGGUUGUGCUAGCUAUGAGCAGUGAUAUUUUUAUAUAUUGGAAUAUGCAAUUCACUUAAGAAGAAGCUUCAAAGGCUAAAUCUCCUUUGGCCAUUUGGCAAAUGGAAUUGUGUACCUUCCAGGAAUGUGCAUUUUAUUCUAUAUUCAUGUUGAUCAGAAAUAUCUGAAAAUAGGCUUUGACUGAAGGUAGUAAGAAUGAGGUCAAGACACAGAGAAUGGUGAACUAUGAAACCAGAUAUAAUCUCUUUACAAACUUUUGCUUCAACUCAGAAAGAUAAGUAGAGGAAGAGGAAUAUGAUCCAUUAUUCCACCAUAAGCAGCCAAAUGCUUGCCAAAAAAAGAGAGCUUCAUUUGACAGCUUCCACAGUCUUUCACUAAUGGAAGCUGACACCUGAAACAUAUAAACAUAUUGAGUUUCAUAUCGCUAGACUUUAGGUCUAAAUUCAAACGUGUAGCUGAAUGUACUUAUG